AUGGGGGAAGAUGGUUUGGAAAACGAGCGGGGAGACAACGGAGCAGUGAAGAGCUACAGAGGCGUCACGUUAAUGGAUACGGCAUAUAAGAUUUAUGCAUGUAUACUGGACGAGCGGCUGAAUGUAGAGAUCGAAGACAAGCUGGGAGAGAGCCAAUUCGGGUUUAGGAAAGAAAGAGGAGUGAUAGACGCAGUGUAUGUAUUGAACCACAUAAUAGACAAACAAUUGAGCGGGGCAAGAGGGAAGCUAUAUGCAUGCUUCGCGGAUUUAAAGGCAACGUUUGAUAGGGUUAGCAGGAAAAAGCUGGGGGAGAUAAUGAGGAGAAUGUGGGUUAACGAGAAGUUAACCAGAAGGAUAGAGGAGAUAUACGAGGAAACAAGGAACGUAGUGAGGACGAGGAACCAUAACACAAAAGAGUUUUGGACAGUAAGGGGAGUAAGACAAGGGUGCCCGUUGAGCCUGACACUAUUUAACAUCUAUGUGGGAGGGUUGGAAGAGGAAGUAAGGAAAGCUCAAAUGGGAGGCAUAGUGGUAGGAGACAAUAAGGAUGUGGAACUGGAAUUGAGCACGGAAAAGACGAAAGUAGUAGUGUUUGAAAAGAGAAGGAACAUGAGGAGGAAAAAGAGGACAGCAAUUGCGAUGAAGAAGACAUGGAGCGUAGGAGAAAGGAUAUUUAAAAGGGACUACAAGAGGAGAAUGAGGAUGUUUGGAGCACUGGUAGAGAGUGUAGCGUUAUUUGGAGCGGAGGUGUGGGGAUGGAACAUAGAGGAGAGACUGGACAGGGUAAAAAGGAGAUACUUGAGAUGGAUUCUAGGUGUUACGUCGGGCGACAUUCUACAUAGACCAGGCCACACACCGCAGGCAGGAUGGCAACCAGAUGUCCGCACGCCUUCACUGCGUACCUUCAAUAGUCUUAAGAGCCGAUCAUAA